GUGUGGUGUAUGUAUAUUGCAUACUUGUUGCAGUUACAGUUGGGUGUCCUCUGUAACUUCCUUUGAGGCAGGGUCUCUUCCCUAUAACUGGACCCACAUUUCUUUUUGGCUAGGUUGGCACUCAGUUAAGGCCCAUUGGUUCUGACUCCUUCCCUCUUGGUGCUGGGAUUAUAGGCAUGCUUGGGACCACACCUGGAUUUUUAUGUGGGUAUGGGAUCUGAACUGCAAUCCUUAUGCUUGUGCUGUUAAUUGCUGAGCCAUCUCUUCAGCCUCUGAAAUGACUGACUUCUAGUGUGUGUGACCAGGUAUUCAUGUUUAAUACAGAGUUAAAGGAAAAACUAUUAUAUGGGCAUGUGUGCCAUUGUGUAUAUGUGAAAGUCAGUGGAUAACUUUGUGGAGUGAGUUUUCUACUUUUACAUGAGUUCCUAGGGUCAAACUCAGGUCAUCAAGCUGGUGUGGCAAAUGUCUUAACUACUGAGCCAUCUUGCUGACCCUAAACACAUAUUUUUAAACAAUACAACUUACCAAAUACCUUUAUCUGGGUCUGGAUCCAUCUUACCAUUUCAGGAAGAAUUUUGGGCUGUCCUGAGAAGUUAUUGCUGUAUUACAGUGUCCACCAAAAAUAGUACUCACUUUCAAAGGUGAGCCCAGGAACACCAAUUUUGGUUGUUCAUAAGAGAUUCCACCCUGGAUGUAGUUAGGUGAGUUAUUACUAGUUACAGAACAAAGUCAUGGAUCAAGGCAUUUACCAGACAUCAGUGGGGACCACAGAUAGGAAGGCUAGAGCAAAACUGGGAAAAGUUACUACAGCAUUUUAGGUGUUAACUAAUAAUACCAUUAGCUUUUGGAUUGGUGAAGACCAGUGGUGGUCUUAGAAUAUAUUUUAAAGGCCUUCAUAGUCACAAAGCUGUUCGGUUAGACAGGGUGGACAGUGAAUGAAUUUCAAAAAGGCUAAAAAUGAUCCAUGAUAAUUUGGUUCUGGUCUGCGACAUCCUAGCUCCACAAUUACAGUUAGGUUAUUUGGCCUUAAAGAAUCUUUAACGCGUGCGGCUUUGUUUGUGUCCCGUCCGUCCCCGCCCUCCCGUAAGUGUAGUUUACAACAGGAAAUGGUGCUGUGAGCUUAGCUUCACCGGUACUCUAAAGGGCAGUUAAGAAACCCCGGUAGUCUUGCUUGUUCCUGGCAGAGACCUGCUUGCGUAGCUGAAGGGAGCUGCAGCGCGGGGCAUGAGCCUGUGGGAUUCAAGGCUUGGCGGAACGGAGGAACUCUGUCACCCGGGAGUGCGGCGGAACCAGACCGGUGGCCGGACAUUGUGGGCCAGGAAGGACCGCCCCUUCCGGUGUCCCAGUUCCGUUCGCCGCCUGGGCUCCAUGGCUGCUCUGGGUCGGCAGGUUCUUGACUGGCACCGUCUAAGGGCCCUCUCCUGGGCCUGUUUGGCUAGGCAUACCCCUCAUCUCAGAGAACAGCAAAGGAUGAGUCCUUCUUUGUUUUGCAAACUGACUACAGCACCCAAUGGAGAGAGCCUUCAAGAGUUGUCCUGUGUUAAACCCAAAAAGUAUGUGCAGGAGCCAGAGCACAGGACGAGUCUUGUUCAGUGUCUUCAUGAGGAACAGAGGACUUGUGUGGAUCCAAAGUCCUUGGAGCUUGAGAAAGCUAUCACUUCCCUGCAGGACAUGGGUUUUGAUGAAGCCCAUAUUAACAACUUGCUCAGUAUGCAGCCAAGUGUCCAUCCUCAACAGUUGCUGGACAUAAUUUCAGAAUUUCUGCUCUUGGGGUUGCACCCAGAACCUGUAUUUAUGGCCUUGAAGAAAAGUCCACACUUACUGAAACUAUCUCCAACUCAAAUGAAGAGGCGUUCCAGCUACCUGCGGAAGCUUGGCCUUGGAGGAGGGAAACUAAAGAGAGUGCUUCACGGUUGCCCUGAGGUUUUCACCAUGCGUCAGCGGGACAUUGACAAUGUUGUGAAGGUCCUCAAGGAGAAGUGCUUGUUCACAGUACAGCAAAUCACGGAGCUUUUGAACAGAUGCCCACGUGUUUUUCAGGCGGACCCCAGUGAACUAGAAUACAAAUUCCAGUAUGCAUAUUUUAGGAUGGGACUUACGCAUCUGGACAUAGUCAGGACUGAUUUCUUACAGUAUCCAUUAACCAAGAUUAAGCAGAGACACAUGUACCUGGAACGCCUUGGACGGUACCAAACCCCUGAUAAGAAGGGGCAGACACAGAUCCCUAAUCCUUUACUAAUGGACAUUCUCAGAGUUUCAGAAGCUGAGUUUUUAGUCAGGACAGCGUGUUCCUCUGCUGAGGAGUUUGAGGUUUUUAAAAAGCUCUUGGAUCGAGAAGAAGAGGAAUCUGAGAGCCAUGCAUCUGAGGAGGAAGAGGAAGAGGAGGAGGAAGAGGACGAAUAG